AUGCCAGCCGUACCGACAGCAGCAGCAGCCCCGGAUGCCCCCCUGACCGCCCAGGAAGUCUUCGACUCGAUCGGUCCGGCCUACGAAGACGCCUUCGCAGGGUUGCCCGAGCAGAUACAGUCGGUCGAGUGGCUCCUCGCCCGGCUCAAAGAAGCACGGGUCGAGAGAGCCAGGUUCGUCGACAUCGGCUGCGGCACGGGGCGCCCUGUCUGUCUUUCGCUCGCCAAUGCCGGCCACGAUGUCCUCGGCAUCGACGUGUCCGCCGUGAUGGUGGCAGCAGCUCGCGAGCGGGUGCCCAACGCAAGGUUCGAGCAGAUGGACAUGUGCGACUUCAGCCCGCCGCAGAGCUCGUACGACGCUGCCAGCGUGUACUUCAGCCUGAUCGCUAGCGUGACCCAGGCCGAUAUCCGCAGACACUUGGCAAAAAUCUACCAUCUUCUCAGGCCUGGCGGCUUGUUCGUCUUUGCGACGGUGCCGGAGGAUGCCGAGAACGUACAGCUGAAAUGGAUGGGGCGGCCCGUCACGGUAUCUAGCUUGGGUUCGGAUGAGGCAGUGCUGGCAAUCGAGAGUGCUGGCUUCGAAAUUGUCCGCACCAAGGUCGCCAAAUUCACGCCCAGGGGGGAAGAGGCUGGCAUCUGUCUGAGAUCGGAGGUGUGGGAGGAGCCUCAUCUGUUUGUAUACGCGAGGAAACCAGUAACAAUGUGA